AUGGAAGAGGUUUUAGGAAUCGAGCCUCUUGAGUUCACAGACGAUGAUGAAGGUGCGGAGGAACAUUGUGAUGAUCCUGGCUUACAGGAUGUAUUUCAGGCACCUUUGUCCCCGAAGUCAUCUCUGAAAGUAAUUCAACAGCAAGAUGAUAUUCGCUCUGAUUUUGUUGCCUUCCUAGAAGCUACUCAGAAAUGUUCGACUGCUCUAUCAAAAGGUCUUUCUACUACACCUCCAGUACUCAGAUCUGGGAGUGUGGUUAGGAAUCUGGAAACAUCUUUUCCGAAAUCAGAACAGGCUAACAAGAUUAAAAUCACUAUGGAAGAUAUUGAAGAGGAGAUUUCUUACUGGAAUUCUUCGAUCGUAUGUUAUGUACUGGGAGCCAAUUCGCCUCUCUCUGUUCUAGAAGGUUUUGCAAGGCGUUUAUGGAAAGACAAAGUGGAUAAGGAUCCGAAUACUAAUUUCAAGAAAGAAGAUAUUCGAACAGUUCCAAUUUGGGUUCAGCUGGAUGAUCUAGAAUUGAAAUACUGGGGUCAAAAGUCUCUUUUCAAGAUUUUAGGCCAAGUGGGGAAGCCAUUGAUGGUUGAUGCGGUUACAAAAGAGAGAGAUAAACUCAGUUACCCUCGUGUUCUUAUUGAAGUUUGUCUUCAACAGGAUUUUCCAAGUUGUAUUGAAUUUGAGGAUGAAUUUUGUUUUAAUGUCACUGAAGGAGUUACGUAUGAAUGGAAACCGAUCAUGUGUGGUCAUUGCAAGGGUAUGGGGCAUGCUACUAAUGAUUGUAGAAGAAAAGAGGGCAGGAAGCAACAAUGGAUAGUUAAAGAAGAGAUUAAGAAGCCAGAGAGGGAAAAAAAGACAGAGGCAGUUAAAUCUACUGUUGAUGAGUUUCAGUCUAUUACAAAAGGGUGGAGGGUCAAAGCCAAAGAAUCUAUGGCUUGCCCUUCCACUAUGAAUUCUUUCCAGGCUUUAUCAGAUCCUAGCGCCUCAACAAGUGCCGUGACUGGGGAGAACCAGAAUGAAUCCACAACUCAAGAAGAUCUAAAGCUAACUAAAGCUGGUUUAGUUGGUCUUCUUGAGACGAGAGUUAAGGCUCCGAAGCUUGGAGCCUUGUAUGUACAUAUGUUCUCAGGUUGGUGCUUCACAACUAACAGUGCGUGGCACAAAGGAGGAAGAAUUAUAGUUGCUUGGAAUCCUUUGAGAUUCAAUGUAAGUAUACUCAGCUGCUCAAAUCAGCUUAUUCACUUGUUUGUUGCUACUGUGGAUAAUAAACAUAGAUUUUUCACUACAUUUGUAUAUGGAUUUAAUGAUGAAGAGGGAAGGAAAAGUUUGUGGAAAAGUUUACAGGAAUUGGCUAGAGCAGAACCCUGGGUAGUGCUUGGGGACUUUAAUGAUAUCCUGAACAGAGAUGAAAGAAUUGGUGAUAGAGUUAGACACAACUCUAAUAAUGAUUUCAUGAAUUGUGUCUCUUAUUGCCAACUGGAAGAUGUUAAAUUCAGUGGGAAUUUCUUUACUUGGAGUAAUAAGCAACAGGGAUCAGAUAGAAUCUACUCCAAGAUUGAUAGAGUUUUGGCAAAUCAAGCAUGGGUGGAUAGCUUUACAAUUGCUGAAGCUAUUUUUCUGAAUGAAGGUAUUUUUGAUCACACUCCAGCAAUUUUAACUGUGCAUUCUGAUAUUCCUAGUGGUAAGAAUCCGUUCAAGUAUUUUCGGAUGUGGUCUUCACAUCCUCAAUACCACCAAGAAGUGAGUAGGGUGUGGCAUCAGACUGUUAAAGGGACUAAAAUGUUCCAAGUUGUGACUAAGCUUAAAGACCUUAAGGCUAUCUUUAAAGACCUGAACAAGUUGGGUUUUUCAGCGAUUCAUAUGGCAGAUUUGCAAGCUAGAGAGAAGCUUAAUGAAUGCCAGAACAAGCUGCAUAGAGACCCUUUGAAUGUGGAUCUGCAGUAUCAGGAGUUGGAAGCUAGAAGGCAUUAUGCUGGGGUGCAUAAAGAUUACUGCUCAUUCUUAUCCCAAAAGUCUAAGGUUACCUGGGUAAAAGAAGGUGACAAAAAUUCUGCUAUUUUUCACUCCAGUAUCAAGGAAAGAAGAUGUCAAAACAGGAUAUAUUCUAUUACCAAUGCAGAAGGGAACAGAGUGGAGGAUCCUGUUGGUGUUACUGAAGCAUUUCUAUCCUAUUAUCAGUCUUUAUUGGGCACUCAAAUGGAGAAUAGACAGCCAGUUAAAACUUCAAUAAGGGCUCAAGGACCUGUGAUUUCUAGACAGCAGGCAGAUCUGUUGUUAGCCGAUUUUUCUAAAGAUGACAUUAAAAAUGCUGUGUUUAGCAUUCCUGGCAUCAAAGCUCCAGGGCACUUGCUAAAAGAGCUUAACUCUACAGUUAUUACCCUUAUUCCUAAGUGCAAAUGUCCUAAUACUGAUCUAAUAAGGCAUUAUGGAAGCAAAUCAAUUAGACCCAAUUGCAUGAUAAAGCUAGAUUUACAAAAGGCUUAUGAUACUAUGGAAUGGGGAUUCUUAGAGGAGAUGUUACAUGCUUUUCAAUUCCCUGCUAAAUUCAUUAAUCUCAUAAUGAAUUGCGUAACCACACCUAGGUACUCCUUAAUGUUUAAUGGAUCUAUGCAUGGAUUCUUUGUAGCAAAGAGAGGCUUGAGACAAGGGGAUCCAAUGUCUCCCUUACUUUUUGUUCUUGGGAUGGAAUACUUUAGCAGAAUUAUGCAGAAAGUUGGGGAGAAGGAAGAUUUUCAGUUUCAUGAAAGGUGCAGUGAUUUAAAGCUUAAUCAUCUAAGCUUUGCUAAUGAUGUGUUGCUGUUCUGCAAAGGUUACUUCAAGAGUAUAUAUUUAAUGUUGCAGGGGUUAAAGUUUUUGUCAAAUUCCUCUGGUUUGAACUCAAACAUAAAAAAAACAGCCAUUUAUUGCAGUGGAAUGAGUGAAGAGGAGAUUAGAAGAGUGCUUGAUGUAUCAGGUUUCAGUAGAAAUGAUAUCUCGUUUAAGUAUCUUGGUAUUCCCAUAUGUGCCAAGAGAAUCUCAGCUGCUGAAUGCAAAAUAUUGGUUGAGAAGAUGACAACUCGAAUCAAGACCUGGAGUUCCAGAAACUUAUCUUUUGCAGGUAGAUCAGUUUUGAUUAAUUCUGUGCUUCUGUCUAUCCAUGCCUACUGGAGUCAAAUCAUGAUUCUACCUAAGAAACUUGUAUCUGAAAUUGAAAGCAUUUGUAGAAGCUUUCUCUGGAAGGGGCAGAGCAAUAUGAUUGGGUCCGGAAGCGUGGCCUGGAAGAAGCUGUGUAAGCCUAAGAAGGCUGGAGGAAUUGGCUUUAUGAGCAUUUAA